GAAAAGUUGCAUUGUUUUAGUAUCAUUUUUGUAUUCUUCUCUUGAUUGUAAAUUUGUAAUUGUAUUUAAAAUUAUUUUUAAUAAGUUAAAACAUAAUUAAAUUUAUCCACCAACAAACUACUCCGCAUUAGAAUCUCAACCAAGACCAAAGGGAAGCAAAAGAAAAACUGCAAAACCGGGCUCGUCUUCCUCAUGGAAACCGGCGAUACCCCACCGCCACCGGACAGCGCCAAUAAAGCCACCGAAUCCAACAACCAUCAAUCCGAAAAUGGAAACUCUUCGCCUCCACAGACGACAUCAGACCACGCCGUUUCAUACUCUCAAUCAGAGAAGCUUCCCGUGCCGGAAGAGAUGGAACCCACUUCCAAAACGCCACUCGCCGCCGCUGAUUCGCCACCAGUCAAAAGACGCCGCCGCCGGAAGAGAUUAUUCACGGACAUGAUUUCCACUGCCCCUUCGGCCGCUGCCGUCUCCGGCCUGCGUGUCCGCCGCCCUAAUUACAAACCCUCCACCCCAUACUCAUAUUCCGAUACCGACCUAGCCGCCGCAGAAGAAGAUCAUUCGAAGAACCCUCACCGCCGGAAGAGAGUUUCCGACCUGGCUAAAGAGGUGGACAUCGAAGCCCUAAUUGCAAUCUCCGUCGGUUUCCCGGUCGAUUCCCUCACCGAGGAGGAAAUCGAAGCCAAUGUGGUUUCCCAAAUCGGCGGCGACGAGCAGGCAAAUUACAUCGUCGUCCGCAACCACAUCCUCGCACGGUGGCGCUCCAAUGUCUCCGUCUGGCUCACCAAGGACCACGCCCUGGAGUCAAUCAGAGCGGAACACAAAAACCUCGUCAAUUCCGCCUACACCUUCCUGCUCCACCAUGGCUACAUCAACUUCGGACUAGCUCCGGCGAUCAAGGAAACCAAACUGAAGCCGCCUGAGGGUGUCUGUAAGGGCACUGUAGUAGUCAUCGGCGCAGGAAUCUCCGGCCUUGUCGCAGCAAGACAACUGAUAUUUCUAGGGUUUAAGGUGGUGGUUCUGGAAGGAAGAACAAGACCAGGGGGCAGAGUGAGAUCGAAGAAGAUGAGUGGUGGUCAGAAUGGAGUCACUGCAGCGGCAGAUUUAGGCGGCAGCGUGCUCACCGGAAUCAAUGGCAACCCAUUGGGAGUUCUGGCCCGACAACUCGGCCUUCCCCUUCACAAGGUCAGGGACAUUUGCCCUCUGUAUUUACCCAAUGGUAAAACCGUGAAUUCCGACACGGAUUCCAUGGUUGAAACCUCAUUCAAUAAACUGCUAGACAGAGUGUGUAAGCUAAGAGAGGCAAUGAUGGUAGAAGUUAAGUCAAUUGAUGUUUCUUUAGGCACUGCUCUAGAGACUUUUAGGAGUGUUUAUCGCGUCGCGGAAGACCCCCAAGAACGAAUGCUCUUAGACUGGCAUUUGGCCAAUUUGGAGUACGCAAACGCUUCACUCAUGUCUGAACUGUCCUUAGCCUUUUGGGAUCAAGACGAUCCUUACGAGAUGGGUGGGGACCACUGCUUCAUCCCCGGAGGGAAUGAGAGGUUGGUGAGGGCGUUGGCCGAGGACAUUCCUGUGAUUUAUGAGCGCUCCGUGGAGAGCGUUAGGUACGGCGUUGAUGGGGUUUUAGUCUACGCGGGGAACCAAGAAUUCCGUGCAGAUAUGGUUCUUUGCACUGUUCCCUUAGGAGUCCUCAAGAAGGGCACCAUUGAAUUCGUCCCCGAGCUUCCGGCAAAGAAGAGAGAGGCGAUCGAGAGGUUGGGGUAUGGUUUGUUGAACAAAGUUGCAAUCUUGUUCCCGUACGACUUCUGGGGCGGGGAGAUCGACACGUUCGGGCACCUGAACGAGGACCCGUCCAUGAGGGGCGAGUUCUUCUUGUUCUAUAGUUACUCUGCCGUCUCAGGGGGACCACUCCUCGUGGCGCUCGUCGCCGGGGAAGCGGCGAUAAGGUUCGAAAAGAUGUCCCCGUUAGAAGCCGUUGGGAGGGUCUUGGACAUUCUCAAGGGAAUCUUUGGCCCGAAAGGGAUCGCGGUCCCCGACCCGAUCCAGGCAGUGUGCACACGAUGGGGCCAGGACAAGUUCUCGCACGGCUCGUACUCAUACGUCGCGAUCGGUUCCUCAGGGGAUGAUUACGAUAUCUUAGCCGAGAGCGUGGCGGGCAGACUGUUCUUUGCUGGAGAAGCAACGAACAAGCAGUAUCCCGCCACGAUGCACGGGGCUUUCCUAAGCGGAAUGAGGGAGGCCGCACACAUACUCAGGAUCGCCACCCGGAAGUCCGUAGAUUCCACAGAUAAAAUGAACAACAAUAGCUCGCCGGAAAGCGAUGACAUGGACCGGCUAUUUGAGAAUCCCGACCUGAGAUUCAGUUGCUUCUCGGUGUUGUACGAUCCGAAAUCAACUGAACCCGAGUCGGAUUCUUUGCUUCGGGUGGCAAUUCAUGGGGAUAGUGAAGCCAUUGCUGGUUGUUCCCUUUAUCUCUAUGCAUUGAUCCCUAGAAAGCAAGCAGUUGAGCUGAGUGAAGUGGAUGAAGGGGACAUGAAGAGGUUGCAGAAGUUGAGUCUUGAGUAUGGUGUGAAGUUGGCUGGCUGGAGAAGAGUGUGCAAAGACGCCGAGUCUCUCGUCGAUUCGAUUCUUUCGAGCAGAAAUGUUUGACGAAAACACCAAGGUUGACACCGCCCGUGUUUACACUGACUGUCAACUGUUCUAGUACGUGAUUGUAUCUAGUGGUGUCAUCCAUUCAUUAAAGAAAUUGGUUAUAUUUGAUUGAUCUCUAUGUUCUUUGAUUCCUGGAACGGACUGUCAACUGUUCUUGUACGUGAUUGUUUUAUUAUUCUCUAUAUUCUCAUUGAAGUGAUCAUUAUGACUUUUAUAAUACACGAAAAAUUAAAUAAAUAUAGAUAAAUGUCAUGU